GCUACUUUCUCACUUUAUCUCACACUCACGCCUCUCAGAUUCAGAGUCUGUUUUAUCUUCUUUUAUAUUCUUCCUCAAAUCCCUGAAGUUUUUAAGAAAUGCCCCUGCAAACAAGGAGGACGAGGUUUCCUAGAGUAGUUAUAGAGAGGGAUACGGAUACAGAAGAAAGUUCAUCCGAAGAAGAAGAAGAGGAAGAAACGGGAGUGGUGGAUGAAGAAGAUGUUACCGACAACGAGAAUGGCGGAAAAGUAGAAGAGAAGAGCUUGGAUGCUUUGCAUUCGAAGAAUAAAGGGAAAGCCCCGAUAACUAUCAGUCUCAAGAAAGUCUGCAAAGUGUGUAAGAAAGCGGGACAUGAAGCAGGAUUCAAGGGCGCCACUUAUAUCGAUUGCCCAAUGAAACCCUGUUUCCUAUGCAAAAUGCCUGGGCACACUACAAUUACUUGCCCACAUCGAGUAGCCAUGGAGCGUGGAGUCAUUCCGGCACCCCGAAGGAAUACCGGUUUCCCUUUGGAUUACAUCUUCGAACGACAGCUUAGAACCAAUGUUCCUAUGAUCAAGCCACCAUUUGUGAUCCCAGAUCAACUGGACUGUGCAGUCAUUAGAUAUCAUAGUAGACGUAUAACUUGCUUGGAAUUCCAUCCAACCAACAAUAACAUUCUCUUAUCAGGAGAUAAGAAAGGACAACUUGGAGUUUGGCAUUAUAGCAAAGUCUAUGAAAAGACGGUGUAUGGAAAUAUACACUCUUGUAUACUUAACAAUAUUAGGUUCAACCCAACAAAUGAUGAAACUGUAUAUGGAGCAUCUUCAGAUGGUACUGUCAGUAGCACUGACUUGGAGACUGGAAUGUCAUUUUCUUUGAUGGACCUGAACCCUGAUGGAUGGCAGGGUCCAAGUAGUUGGAGGAUGCUCUACGGCAUGGAAAUUAACCAAGAGAAAGGGCUUGUGCUUGUGGCUGACAACUUUGGAUAUCUUUAUUUGGUGGAUAUGCGCUCAAACAACAAAGUUGGGGAGACAAUUUUGAUUCAUAAAAAAGGUAGCAAAGUUGUUGGGCUUCACUGCAAUCCUGUUCAGCCGGAGCUUCUUCUAAGUUGUGGAAACGAUCACUUUGCUCGUAUAUGGGAUAUACGUAGAUUAGAAGCUGGAGCUUCCCUUUAUGAUCUUCCUCAUGGUCGUGUUGUCAAUUCUGCAUAUUUCUCUCCACGAUCUGGAACCAAAAUCCUCACUACAGCCCAGGACAAUCGCCUUCGAGUAUGGGAUUCAAUCUUUGGCGAGAUGCACUCCCCAAGUAGAGAGAUUGUACAUAGCCAUGAUUUCAACAGACAUUUAACCCCUUUUCGGGCUGAAUGGGACCCAAAGGACCCGUCAGAGUCCCUUGCAGUAAUUGGCCGUUACAUCAGUGAGAAUUAUAAUGGAGCUGCCUUGCAUCCUAUUGAUUUCAUAGACACGAGUACAGGCCGGCUGAUUGCUGAAGUGAUGGAACCAAAUAUCACAACUAUCAGUCCUGUUAACAAGUUACAUCCACGAGAUGAUGUCAUGGCAUCUGGGAGUUCAAGGUCAAUUUUCAUUUGGAAGAACAAGAAAUCUGAGCUCCUUGAAGGGAAAGAUGAAAAGAAGAUUGUUCAUUGUGGAAAAGCUGGGAAGAAAAGCAAUAAAAAAUUUGGGGGUGAGAGUGAUGAUGACUCUGAUGCUGAUACAUUCAGCUCCAAGGGCAAGAACUCUAAAUCUAAGAGAUCUGAAUCAAAAUCAUCUCACACUUGUCUGACCAAAGUAAAACGCUAAGAUGUUGAAAAGUUCUAAAAUCCAAACCAUAUGAAUCAUAUAGGAAGAUUCCAUUUUGGUUGGAAGUUCUUGCCAAACUUGUACAGGCUGCUAACAUGCUCUACUCGUUUGGAUUUUCUUCUUUGGUACAUUCCUGUCCCUAUCAGCUGUUUAAUUUUGUAUAGCUCUCUUUUUGAAUUACUUCUGUUGUAUUACUUAUAUUAAAUGCAGUUUGUUUUUUUGGUAAAGCUAUUAAAUGUAGCUUGGACAUUGGGAAUUA